AUAGUCCUAAAUUAGAAAGUUACAUUGAGAAACAUCACAAGGAGUUCAGACAUCUCUACUGCUGCCCUGUAUCUCAGGUUGUUCAUCCAAUACAUGACCAGAAUUUCUACUUAACGCGGUAUCAUAUAAUGAAGCUGAAAGAAGAAUAUGGCAUUGAACCUUGGACCUUCAAUCAGAAGCUUGGAGAUGCUGUUUUAAUACCUGUAGGUUGCCCUCAUCAAGUUAGAAAUUUGAAGUCCUGCACAAAGGUAGCGCUUGACUUUGUCUCACCUGAAAAUAUCGGCGAGUGUUUACGCUUGACAAAACAGUAUCGUCUACUUCCACCUAAUCAUUAUGCAAAAGAGGACAAGUUGGCGGUUAAGAAGAUGAUAAUCCAUGCAGUUGAUAAGUCUCUCCGAAACUUAAGUGGAGAGAAGUCUCCAGAACCCAAAGAGAAGAACAAUUUUAAGAGAAGGAACAAGUCAAAGGGUAAAGGCAAAGCAGUUGUGAAGGCUCUCAAAGACUUACCUCCAAGUGAAAAGUCUUCUGAAGCCGAAGAGGAGAAAUCAAAGAUGAUAGUCAAUCCAAUCGAUAAGUCUCUCGAAGACUUUCCACCAACUCAACAGAAGUCUCUGGAAACCGAAGAGAAGAGAAAACCAAAGAUAGUGAAGACAUACGUGCGGAGAAAAAAUCUGGGAAGUCAAGAAACACGUAGACAUUGGCUAAUUACAAAAGGAGAAGAGUAGGAGUAAUUGUUAGUUGCAUCUCAAAACUCAUCUGUUUUGUUGUCCGUAUAUAUAUAUUUUUUUGGCAUAAUUUGUAAAUCUCGCCUCAAUCAUCUUACUCUGUGAAGUACUCAAGUCUGAGAAGUAGUUAACUUCACUCCUCGAGAUGUAAGCUGGAGUAAACUAAUAGGAAAAAGAGUUAAACUGAUUUAAGUUUAAAUACA